UGAACUGGCAGCAGCGUGGUGACGUCAUAACACCGCGCACGACAUAUGGCUGCCGAAAGAGAAGCGACGGCAAAACACGGAUGAUUUCGAGACAAACCGUCCUUAAACAUCCACAAUUUGGAUACAAAACCUCAAAAUGUCGGACCCGCUGGGAACAAAAACCCUCCAGGACCGCCUGGACCGCCUGCGCGAGCUGACCGAGUUCACGGAGAGCUGCCGGAAGCAGCUCGACGACGCGUUUGAGGCGCUGGGAUGGUCCGAGGACCGCGGCCAGGUAGCGUCGGACGCGAUGGAGCAGUGUCCCUACGACUCCGACCACCGAGUCCCGGCCAGGAGCCUGGAGACGCACAAGGCCCGCUGCGGCCGCCGCAAGAUGGGCUACUGCGCUGAGGAGGAGGCGGAGAUGUUCGACACCUCUGCGUGUUACGAGAACAGCAGCGUCAGAAGCUUCACGAUGGACAAAUCGGCCCAGCACCAGGUGAUCCUGCAGGCCCGCUCCGCCGCGCCGCUGAUGAGGAUGGAGGGAGUCUUCUGGCAAGGUCAGUACUCGGGUCAGCCCGUCGACGUGCCUCAGAACCACAAGCGCGCCGUGUGCGACCUCACCGUGGCCGACCGGCUGGCUCUGUACGACCACGUGGUCCACGUCCUCGGCCGGCAGAAGGAAGCCGUCGCCGCCGGCAACGAGGACCUCUACGUCGACCUGGUGUCCAAGCUGCAGAAGGAUGAGGAGCAGAACGAACCAAAGACUCACCUGGAGCUCAUGGCAGAGAUGAGGGACUACAAGAGGCGGCGCCAGUCCUACCGGGCCAAGAACGUUCACAUCACCAAGAAGUCCUACACCGAGGUGAUCAGGGAGGUGAUCAAUGUCCACUCGGGGGAGCUCACCAGACAGUGGAAAGAAGAAGAGCGAGAGGAGGAGGAGGAGGAGGAGAAGGAGGAGGAGGAGGAAGCCACCAGCUCUGAACUCUCCUCACAGAGGCGGCGGCCGGACGAGAAGCGCUCGGCGUCAUCGGAGUCUCGGCGCUCGCACGGCCGACGCCGUCGCAGCCGGGAACGAAGCCAAGGCCGAGAGAGCAAGAAGAAGAGGAAGAAGAGAGAGAGGGAUUCCUGCUCUCCGGACGAACACCAUCGAAAGAAGAAGAAGAAGAAGAAGCGAGAGGAGAGGGAGAAGGAGAGGUGAUGCAGUCGGAUCGGAUGAGGUCAAAGGUCAUCGGGCCCUCGCGGCUUAAAAGGUGUUACACGUUUGAAAUUCAUAUACAACGAGAUUUUGUAAAAAUAAAAAUAAAUAAAGUUUUGAAAAAGC